GAAGUGAUACUGUCUUGUUUUGGUUUUUGCUUCUUGGCUUUUGACGUUUCAUGUUUUGCUCGCACACAUAAGGACGCGACAGGGGCGUGGGGCAAAAUAACGGUGGUACUUAAAUCGCAACUUCUAAUAUGCUGUAUGAAUUCAGUAUAUGACAGAGCAUAUACAUAUGCAGAUACCUGUUGUUGCAUCAUUUAAAGAGGGACUAAAGCAAUUUGACUCAAGUGCUUACCGUGGCAUGGUGCUAGAGAGAGCAGACAUUGCCAGCGCGGUGGGCUGUUGCAGACCUUGGCAUAGUGGGCAUAUGAUAUUGCCCUUAAACAUGCAAUGUGUUUUGUUUUAGGAACUGCAACUGAUUUGUCUUUUAUAUGGUGUGGUAUGUAGACCUGGUCGAAAGAUCUGCAUCAGUGGCGUUAUGAAAUUACUCUUUCUUGCCUGCCUAAGUCCAAAAACGGGGAACUGCACCACAGCUGAGAGGAUAAGGGCUCACGUUGAAUCUGCCGGCCACAUUUGUGUGCUUCGAGAUGCAUCAGAAUUCAAAUCUUCUGCUGAGGUGGCCAAGUUGGUCACUCAGAAACCUCCCUUCGAUGGUGCACUGGCCAUACAUCUGUACAAAGCAGGGAGGCUGCUCUUGGAUGUCCCCGUGCCCUUUGGUGUUGUCUUUGGAGGAACAGAUAUCAAUGAGGAUGUGAAAGUGGAGCACAAGCUCGUGGUUAUGAAGCAGGUGCUGCUGAAAGCCAGGUUUGCUGUCGCCUUCACUGCCAAGAUGAAACAAAUGGCGUAUGUAGUCCUGCGUUCCCCGAGCAGCAAGAUCUACGUUCAGCCCCAAGGCAUUAGGACUGAGGCCACUGAGAAAUUCUCCUGGGGUGAAUUCUUGAAGAGCUCAGAGGAGGUGGAGGCCGUUGCUCAAAGGCGGGCCGGGGUCUUCCUGGCCCAGGGGAGGAGCCAGCGGGAACUGCAUGCGGUGGUGCGGAGGUGCUUCGCCGUGGUCAACAGCUCCAUCUCGGAGGGCAUGUCGGCGGCCAUCUUGGAGGCCAUGCAUCUGGAGGUGCCUGUGGUGGCCAGGGACAUCCCGGGCAACGCUGCGGUCGUCCAGCACGAGGUCACCGGCCUGCUGUACUCCAGCCCGCAGGAGUUUGUUUGCCAAUCGCAGAGGCUUCUGUCGGACGGGGAGCUGAGGGAGAGGCUGGUGAGGACGGCCAAGCUGUACGUAGAGCAGCAGCACAGCGUGGAGCGGGAGAGGGAGACCUACCACCGCCUGGUCCAGAGCCUGCAGUGAGACCACAACCUUCUCAGGAAGCCAGACCCACCAAAACGUAUGGAACUCAGAAGGGUUUUUUCGUAAUAGCCCACUCAGGAUUCACCGAGUGCCUUUCUAUGGAAAACAUGUUUACGCAAAGUCGACGCAAAGACAUUAGCUUUAAAAGAAGGAUGUUUCACGUUUCUGGUUCCAAUAAGCAAUGUUAUUAAAUGUCUGAGAGAAUUCAGGAAAUAUAAAAAAUAUACAAUAUGUAUCAUGUGUCUGUAGAGCAUAUCUCCAACAAAGUCUUAAUAAUGCUGGUAUUUUUAAACCAAAGAGUUGAAGUGGGUGCAAUGCAAUUAUUCAUUUUUUGGUCAAUCUAUUUUGGGUAAAACAUUUUAUGCCAAUAAAUCUUUAAACAAUAUGCAUUAAAAGUGACUUUACUCUUCUAAAUUGUA